AUGGUCUUGCCACCUCCGGACAAGCGACAUGUAUGUCUCACCACCAUUGUCAUCAUGACUAGCAUGGCCUUCAUGGAUGCCUAUCUGGUGGAGCAGAACCAGGGGCCACGGAAGAUUGGGGUGUGCAUCAUUGUGUUGGUCGGGGAUAUCUGUUUCCUCAUCGUUUUGCGCUACGUGGCUGUGUGGGUGGGUGCCGAGGUCAAGACGGCCAAGCGCGGCUACGCCAUGAUUCUCUGGUUCCUCUACAUUUUCGUGCUGGAGAUCAAACUCUACUUCGUCUUCCAGAACUACAAGGCAGACCGACGCAACCUGGAGACGGUAGCCCGCAAGGCGCUGACGCUGCUGUUGUCGAUAUGCGUGCCAGGCCUCUACCUCAUUCUGGUAGCGCUGGACAGCAUGGAGUAUGUCAGGACGUUCCGCAAGAAGGAGGACAUGAGGGGCCGCCUCUUCUGGGUGGCACUGGACCUGCUGGACAUCCUGGACAUCCAGGCCAACCUGUGGGAGCCCCAGCGGACGGGCUUACCCAUCUGGGCAGAGGGCCUCAUGUUCUUCUACUGCUACAUCCUGCUGCUGAUUCUGCCGUGCGUGUCGCUCAGUGAGAUCAGCAUGCAGGGUGAGCACGUCUCGCCUCAGAAGAUGAUGCUCUACCCUGUCCUUAGCCUGGUCACCAUCAACGUGGUCACCAUCCUUAUCCGCGCUGUCAACAUGGUGCUGUUCCAGGACAGCCGUGUAUCCACCAUCUUCAUCGGAAAGAACAUCGUGGCCAUUGCCACGAAGGCCUGCACCUUCCUGGAGUACCAGCGGCAGGUGAAAGAGCUCCCCCAGAAUGCCAUCGCCAUGGAGCUGCAGCAGAAUUCAGUUGGCCACAAUCAGGCCCUGCCCAACGCCACCAGUCUCCCCCACGAACAGUCGCCCGUGCAGGAGAUCGUUGACUCGUGA